AUGGAUCCCAUGAUGGGCCCUUCGGGUCCUCAGAAACCGAAGAAAAAACGCAUCCGCAAUUGGACGGCUGAGGAUCGAGCCGUUCACCGAGAGUUUGAGAAGUCGCGCCGUGAAGCCUUUAGCGAGCGUCUGGCGGAGUUGACGACCCUACUGCCCAUGCUGAAGACAGAACAGCGUCCAUCGAAGCACAUCAUCGUGGACGCUAGUAUCGCCCAGCACAAAGCCCAAGAAGCCAGGAUUGCUCAGGCAACGCGUGCUCUCCAGUCACUAAUGGCUGAGCGUGAAGCCUUGCUACGUGAAGUCAACAGCAUUCGCGCUAUGUGUCAACCAGGCGCUUGUGUCCCGCUCCAAGCUCAACCAAUAGACCCGGCGGUCCUGGACAUGCUACCAGGUCGUAACGAGCUAGCCGCGGGGCCCUUGAGAAGAUCUGAUCGGCCGCUUGAGCUGCCCCUGCCUUUGUCUAUUCAUGAAACAAGCUUGAUGCCCGUUUCUAGCAGCGCUCCAGUGCCCGGGCACAUGUCCCACCGCCCUCUAAGCCAUGACAAUCCACCUGUCUCUCCCCAUAAUCUCACACACUGGGCCUGGGCAGCCCAAGACAAAUCUUCACAGCCCAUCGAUUUAUCCCCAACUAUUGCACAUGGAGGUUCCCUGCUUUGGACCCAAUCUCCUGGUGUAUUGACAACGACAACGACAACGACACCGCCUAAAGAUGUUGAUUCGGGAUAUGACACCAACCCCAACCAUCUGGUUGAUGACGCUGCCAUUUUCUGGUCUCAGCACCCUGGGAGUUUGACGAAUACACCUCCCCAAGAUGGGGACUCGCCGUUUAACAUCAACUCGACCAGGGUACCUGGCGAUCCGUCUAUGCUGUGGUCUCCCAAUGUGCCCGUCGCCACUACAAAACUACCAAAUGACGCUAUAAUCAUACCACAACAAGUCUUCCAAUCCGCACAUUCAUUCCCAAACCACGAAAGUUUACGUUUAUAA